AUGGCCGGUGGUGCUGCUAAAUACCGUCAUCUCAGCCGCAAGUCGUCGCAUCGACAGGCUUUGCUCCGAAAUCUGGUUACGUCUCUGUUUAAACACGAGUCGAUCACGACGACAUGGCCCAAGGCCAAGGAGGCCCAACGACUGGCCGAGAAAUUGAUCACCUUGGGCAAGAAGAACACAGAGGCGAGCAGGAAAAGAGCAUUGUCGAUUUUCUAUACUCCUCAUGAUUUGCUCCCGAAGCUUUUCGGUCCCCUUCGCGAACGCUACGCCGAACGUCCCGGCGGUUAUACCCGGGUAUUGCGAGUCGAGCCCAAGAAAGAUGACCAGGCACCCAGUGCGAUCCUGGAACUUGUCGACGGACCGAAGGAUAUGCGCUUUGCUCUGACAGCACGGACGAUCGCCCGACAAAGGUCACAGGGUCUGGAAACCCUCAAUGAGCUGACUGCUAUGAAUGUGCGCAAGGUGACGAGGUUCCGAAAGGACGGCGUGGAGGGCCUGGAAAGAGCGAUUGAUCGGUUGGCACUGGACGGGAAGGAGACCAAAAGCUCCAGGGAUGUGGACGAGAAGCAAUGA